AUGGCCUCUCAACGGUCUAUUGCCAAUGGAAUCGGCGGUUCUACACGUCAGCAACAAGACCACGAAGCAUUUCUCGAGAUUAGCGAGUCUUCCCAAUCUCCUACUACUUCAAACAGGCCAAAACAAAGCCGUACAGCCUCCAGGCCGGCCGCCAAACCACGAGCUAUAUGGAGUAAGAAGGAUACGGUCGUCUAUAUGGAGCACUUAGCGGCUCUUACAGACAAGGAUAUUUUCGACAUCGACAAUCCACAGACGUGGAAAUUCGCGUGGCCGCGUCUAUUAAAGGCCAUGAACAGGACGUCUCCUAAUAAACUGUGGACGGUCGAUUUGAUGAGGUCGAAAUGCAAGACCGAGCGUAAACGUUACCUCUCAUACCUCGGCCUAAUCGAUGAUUAUAAAAGCAGUGAUUUCGCUGCUGCGUAUGAUCAGCAGUGGGAGUCUUCUUUGAGGGAAAAUCCCACGGGAAAGUCGCUGCGUAUAAGGUCUUUUAGUAAUGAGGACCUGUACAGCCAAGUCUUCCUCCAUGAUACAUCUACGGGUGAAUAUAUACGUGAGGCUGGGGAGUUAGAUGAUCUGCCUGAUCUCUGUGGUUUCAAAGGCAACCGUAAACCGGCACGAAGCUCGCAAAGAGGGUUGGAUACGCAGGGAUUCGAGGAGGCUUUUGUUAGAGGGGCAUUGGAGAUGGGACGAGCACAGGGCUCCUCUGAUAUUGAAAAGGCGAUUGCAUACCUCCAAGAUAACCUCGCAAACGAACUAUCAGAAGAUCAGUUUUUCUCGGCUUGCGAGAAGUUGGUAGAGCCGCUGAAGGCCGUGGCUUUCAACACUCUUCAGUCCAAAGAGCACAAAUUACGGUAUCUUGGUGUAAUUACUUGA